AUGUUGCAAGGCGAUUGUGACCUCGGUGAUACCAAGAAUGAAGUUGAAGAUGAAGACGAGGCCAGCGGCUCAGAAGUUGAGAUACCCAGGAACACGAACACGGCCGAUGCUCGAAGAACGCCUCUCCCGUGGUUCCAGUUCUCCAUCGUGCUGUUCCUGCAGCUGGCGGAACCGCUGACUUCGUCCAUCAUUUACCCAUUCGUUCCGCAGCUUAUACGGGAGCUCGGCGUUACGCACGGUGAUGAGGCGAAGGUCGGGUAUUAUGUGGGGUUGAUCGAAUCGUUGUUUUUCGUGACGCAGGCUAUCACCGUCCUGCACUGGAGCCGAAUGUCAGAUCGCAUCGGACGCAAGCCGGUGAUCUUGUGCGGUCUCAUGGGCCUGUCUGCUUCGAUGUAUUCUUUCGGGCUCUCGCGGACGUUCUUGGGUCUGAUCUUGAGUCGAUGUCUCAAUGGCGCGUUGAACGGCAAUAUCGGGGUCAUGAAAAGCAUGAUGGCUGAAAUGACGGAUUCGUCGAAUAUCUCCCAGGCGUAUGCGUGGGUGCCCAUCUCCUGGUCUACGGGGUGCACGCUAGCCCCGCUGAUCGGCGGCUCCCUGUCGCACCCAGCAGAGCGCUUCCCGCGUCUCUUUGGGCGCUCCAGAUUCCUCCGCGAGUACCCGUACUUCCUGCCCUGCGGGAUCUCGGCGACGUUCGCCGUGCUCGCGUGGUUCGUGACGUACUUCUUCCUCAAAGAGACACUGGCCGUCAAGACCCCGCUCGCGCUCCCGGGAUGGCUGCGGCGGCGCAAGGGGUGGACUUCUCCAGAUCAGGGUGAUGGCAUUGCAGACGGCGCAUCUGCAUCUUCAUCUGCGUCCUCAGACCCCUCUCAGUCCCCUGCUGCCGCGAAAUCCAUUGCAGGCCCUCUUCCGCUGCGCGCGCUCCUCACCACGCGCGUACUGACAGCAACAGCGAGCUACGCUGCCCUGGCCCUCGUCGACAUCUCCUACCGCGCCAUCCAGCCGCUCUUCCUCUCCACCCCGCUCGCACUCGGGGGCCUGGGCUGGCCGCCCGCCCGCAUCGGGCGCCUCCUCGCGGCGUGGGGCAUCCUCAACGGGCUCUUCACCGCGGGCUGCUUCGCGCGCAUACACGCCCGCUGGGGCACGAAGCGCGUCUUCGUGUGGGGCCUCGCGUCCGCGAUCCCGGUCUUUGCGCUGUUCCCGCUCAUCAGCGGCGCCGCACGCAGGGCGGGGACGGGGACGGGCGGGCUGGUGCACGGGCUGGUGCUGCUGCAGGUCGUGGUGUCGCUGGGGCUGAGCUUGUCGUACGGGGCGAUAUUUAUCUUUAUCUCGUCGGCGGCGCCCAGCCGGCAGUCACUCGGCGCGGUGAACGGGCUCUCGCAGGUGGUUGUGAGCAUCAUGCGGGCCGUAGGUCCCGCCGCCGCUAACUCUCUCUUCUCGGUGUCCAUCACGAGCGGGUGGUUUGGGGGGCAGCUUGUAUAUGUGAUUCUGGUCGCGAGCACGGGAGUGGCCCUUCUUGUGUCUGCGAUGCUUCCGCGGCACACGACGAUGCCUAGCUAA